AUGGAAGCAUCACAAAAUUCGGAUUCUGAUUCGCAAGGCGAUGUAGAAACCAUCAAGCCUUUGCUCCCCUUAAACGCGAACCCCCUUGAAAAUGAUUUAUCUCGUCUCAUCCCGGGAUUAUACCGAUUACUAGACUUAUGCAAGGACAAUGGAUCGAAUGGUCUUGUUGUCGAAUCUGUAACCGACCAAACACUAAUGACCCGAAAGAAAGUCACAGAUCCCAUAGAAAAAUGUCUUAAAAUACCAGUGAAAGAUUUUGGCAAAAUGAUCAAUGGUCACGCCUUGAGCAUCGAUAGGAAUUUGGACAUGAAGUCAUUAGUGGCGUUGAUCAGAAAUGGUUUACCUGAAAUGGAAGAUGAACUUGAACCAUUUGAGAAGGCACUAUAA